CACAUUCAUUGUUGCCUGGUUCUCGAUCUUGUGGGCAAGCAGUUGUGUGAAUUUACAAGCUCUCAUGAGCUCAUCACAGCUGUUCAUGAUGCAUUGAUUGCCCACAAGGAUGCAUAUUAUAAUGUGGGCAUGUUCCAUCAAGACAUCAGUCCUGGAAAUAUUGUCAUCUACAAUGACAAGGGCAUCCUCAUUGAUUGGGACCUAUCAAUGUUA